GAGGCUCACAAUGGAAUAUGUCGGGCUUCCAAUUGCCGGUAAUUAUUUUCCUAGCGUUCACGUCCAUUUUCGGUGUCGUUCAAAGGGACUGUGAAGCAAUUCGCCGCUUUUUAAACUUUUGCAACAAAAAGCCCAUAAUGGAUUUCGAAUAUGUUUCUGACGCUUCUCAGUAGCUUUCUCUCGUGAGGCCGAUUGCUUGAUUUCCAGACCUUGUCACCUUGGUGGUGGAUUUGUAACGAUAUAUUUAGCCUCUCUCGUUUGGGAUAUUGCCAUUGGAGCAAGAGAAGACGCAAACAGAAAUUCAAAUUGGAUUGCCAGGUUUCCAGGAAGAUGCGGCUGUGAGCUUGCUCACAGUGCUGAUCCUGUGGGUCUUCACCUGAUCGUGACCAUGGGGAUAUGGCCGGGGGGUGUCCGGGCCUGCAUUGCAGGCCAGGAGAACUGCUCUGCCAACAAUGAGUCCAAAGACUACUGUUACUCAGCCCGUAUCCGCAGCACCGUGCUUCAGGGCCUACCCUUUGGAGGGGUCCCCACAGUCCUUGCGCUGGACUUCAUGUGCUUCCUGGUGCUUCUCUUUGUCUUCUCAGUACUGCGGAAAGUGGCCUGGGAUUAUGGACGCCUGGCAUUGGUGACAGAUGCUGACAGAUCGAAGAAGCGUUUCAACGGAUUGGAGGAGCGGGAAUAUGUUGCCUCAGCUCUGCAUUCUGAAACGCCAGACCGCUAUGAACGUCUCACUUCAGUCUCCAGCUCUGUCGACUUCGAUCAACGGGAUAACGGCUUCUGUUCCUGGUUAACUGCCAUCUUCAGGAUAAAGGACGAGGAGAUCCGGGAGAAGUGUGGUGAGGACGCCGUGCACUACCUUUCCUUCCAGCGCCACAUCAUCGGCCAGCUGGUGGUUGUUGGGGUUCUGUCUGUGGGCAUCGUCCUGCCGGUCAACUUUUCUGGAGACCUUUUGGAAAAUAAUGCAUACAGCUUUGGGCGGACUACUAUAGCAAACCUGAAGUCUGGGACUAACCUCUUGUGGCUCCACACUUCGUUUGCAUUCAUAUACCUGCUUCUGACUGUGUACAGCAUGAGACGACACACGUCCAAGAUGCAUUACAAGGAGGACGACCUGGUGAAACGUACGUUAUUUAUCAAUGGGAUCUCCAAAUAUGCCGAAGAGGUCCACAUAAAACAACACUUUCAACAAGCCUAUGAGAACUGCACUGUUCUUGAUGCUCGAAUCUGCUACAACGUAGCCAAACUCAUGUCCCUGAAUGCUGAGAGGAAGAAGACAGAGCGCAGUUUAAAGUUCUUCACUGAUCUCAUGGCCAAAGAGCACAUGCCCACCAUGGUCAACCCCAAACCCUGUGGCCACCUCUGCUGCUGUGUCAUCAAAGGCUGUGAGCAGGAAGAGGCGGUGAGCUUCUAUACUAAGCGGGAGGCCAAAUUGAAGGAGGAGUACAGAAAGGAGAAAGAGAAGGUCAACACUAAACCUCUUGGCAUGGCGUUCGUCACUUUCCAGAAUGAGGCAAUGACUGCAAUAAUCCUAAAGGACUUCAAUGCCUGCCAAUGCCAUGGCUGCACAUGUCGCCAAGAGCCCAAGUCAUCCCAGUUCAGUGAAAGUCUCCACAUCUACAACUGGAGUGUGAGCUAUGCUCCUGACCCUCAAAACGUGCGCUGGGAGCACUUAUGGUUGGGGGGCGUUUCCUGGUGGAUUCGCUGCUUCAUCAUCAACUGCAUCCUUUUCCUCCUGCUCUUCUUUCUCACCACCCCCGCCAUCAUUAUCUCCACGAUGGACAAGUUUAACGUCACCAAGCCUGUGGAGUAUCUCAAUAACCCCAUCAUCACCCAGUUCUUCCCUACUUUGCUCCUGUGGGCUUUCUCUGCCCUGCUGCCCACCAUUGUCUACUACUCUGCUUUCUUCGAGAAACACUGGACGAGGUCGGGGGAGAACCGGACCACCAUGCACAAGUGCUACACCUUCCUCAUCUUCAUGGUCCUCUUGCUGCCUUCACUGGGUCUUAGCAGUUUGGAUGUCUUCUUCCGCUGGCUGUUUGAUAAGAAAUUCCUUGCUGACGCCACUGUCAGAUUUGAGUGUGUCUUCCUCCCUGACAACGGAGCCUUCUUUGUCAACUAUGUCAUCGCCUCAGCGUUUAUCGGUAACGCCAUGGACCUGCUGCGGAUUCCAGGCUUGCUCAUGUAUAUGAUCCGACUGUCCCUGGCCCGUUCCUCUGCAGAGAGGCGCAACGUAAAGAGGCAUCAAGCGUUUGAAUUCCAGUUUGGAGCGGCCUACGCCUGGAUGAUGUCCGUCUUCACUGUAGUUAUGACAUACAGCAUCACCUGUCCAAUCAUCGUCCCCUUUGGUCUGAUGUACAUGCUGCUGAAGCACCUGGUGGAUAGAUACAACAUGUAUUACGCUUACCUUCCCUCGAAACUGGACAAGAAAAUCCACUCAGGUGCUGUCAAUCAGGUGGUGGCAGCUCCCAUCCUCUGUCUUUUUUGGCUGCUAUUCUUUUCCACCAUGCGCACAGGCUUUGUAACCCCCACGUCCAUGUUCACUUUGGUGGUCCUAAUCAUCACCAUUGUGGUAUGCCUGUCGCACGUCUGCUUCGGCCACUUCAAGUACCUCAGCGCUCACAACUACAAGGUACGGGUCACUGUGCUCAAGAUUGACACCAAGGAAACAGAUGUUGACGUGGUUGAAAAUGGCCGCCCUCCACUCCGCACCUUCUCCUCUCCUUCUAAUAAGUCUCAGCAACCAACGUACAUUGCCCAGGUUUUACAGGACCCAAUCAUGGAUGAUGCUUGCACAGGCAGUGGGGAGGAAGAUCGGGGGUCCUCACAGGAUGAGGAGAUGAUAAACACUGGGAAUAGUCUCAAUGAAGCUGACUUCCAGUCCGGUGAAGACAGCCUCAUAGCCAACGAGGUCCACCAGUAACACUACCAGCUGAGAAGGGGAAAGAGCGAAAGAUGGUGAGAGAGGGAUUUUGGAGAGGAUGAAUGCCAGACACGAACAACAAACCACCAACUUCACUUUGGAUUCUAAAACAAUUUGCAGUCAUUCCUCCCCCAUGCUCCCCCACCUUUUUUCAGUUGUGCCUCUGCACAUUGGCAUUACCAGAAAAUGCCAGGUACAUCACCCCUCCCCACACACACACACAGUGUAAUUGUGAAUGUUUUUGUUAAGUAUAAUUUGGAGCUUGUCUCUGCGGAUUCUUCAAAGUCCCCUCUGUGUAUUUUGAACACCUAUCAGCGCGAUAUGAAUCUGGGUGUUGACGCCCCUUGUUUUAUUUAUUUAUCUACUAGAGUCCUACACUUUUAUGGAGAUUCUAUGGAGCACAAGUCCAACACUGGUUUUCAUACAAUCCAAAAAGAUUGAGUCCCAGGAAAGAAACCAUACAAUAGCCUAGACUUUGUACAUAUCCCAAAAUAUGCCAACUGUUUUUGUCUCUUAUUUGAAAGAGGGGGUCAAAAUUGUGCCUGGUUUGGGUUUCUUUUCAUCCAUGUUUCCUUACUAAAUCCCCAUCAGUGUGGCUCAGGACUGGUGGAGAGGUCAUGAAAAUUAGGCUACAAAGCCUCUAAUGAAAUCCUGCUCCAAGCACAGGUCCCAUUUAACUUUUAUGGGUCUACAGACUCAUACUCAAACUAAACUUGGUUCAUUCUUGUCAAUGUGCAAAGCACCCUGCAUUAGGUCUUCUUUCUCAUAGCUUAUGAACAAAAUGACUUGCUUUCCCCUUUUUUCUUUGAUAUCUUAUGUUCGUCAUAAGAUAUUCACUCUGCCACUGAACAUCCUAGUCAUGUGGUUGGAGACACCAUCUUAACAUGACAUAUAAAAACAUGAUGCAGUCACUGUCAAGUUUGUGUAUUAUUAUUAUUUAUUUUUUACUUCAUGCGUCUCACGUCACUGAAUGGGCACUGUUGGAGGAUAUCAGGGCCAUCACAUCGGCCCUCUGUUGUGUCAUCGAUAUUCCAAAGACGGCAGUGGGCAUGGCAUGCCAAACAGACCAGGGUCCGCUCAGAUGGAUUGUGGGGUUUCUGGUGUGACUUGUGUUGUCAUGGCAUUUGUCUACUGUCCUCCUGCCUGUGAUGCCCUGUCAGUCACCUGGUCUUGCUGCUCCCCUCCAUCCUGUCCAUCUCAGUUUCCAAAGGGUCAGUCAUGGAUGGCUUGGUGACUCUUGCAGCCACUAACGUUGUACAGUUUUUAUUUUGUCUUUUAUUUUUUAUUUUACCUCUACCACCUUAAACAUAUGAACAUAUACACCUGAAAUAGGAAGCACAUUUUCUUGUCGGUGCAUAGUUCAAAUAGGCAACUUCGACUCUAACUGGGUUCUGUUCACCUUGGAGAACUUCAACAUUUACACAGUAGUACAAUAGUUUAGCCUAUGUUGUAGAUCCAGGGAAAAGCUGGGAGACAUGAAGAAACUGGUCUUGCCUCAAGUACUCUCUACCCUUAAAAUCCUCCAGUCAGAAGUACGAUAUAUGCAUCUCUGGAAAAGCCAAGUCCCAAUGCAUUAGCUGUUUUUCUAUGCUUUCUCUGAAGGAAUAGAAAUGAAGUGUAGAUUAAAAAUGUAGUAUUUUGCACUUCAGGAGUCAUACCUAUGGAAGGUAAUUGUUCAGAUAUACAGCACCAAUGAAUAGCGAUGCUUCCAUUUAUUUUUGUCACAUCAGUUUGGGUGCAGUGUGUGUCUCUGAUUUGAAGUGUAAUCAGCCAGGUGUCUGUCUGAUGCAAAUUGGCUCUCGGAUUCUUUUCUCAGCACGCAUAGCAACUUCCCCAUUUGGUGUUCACAGUUAUACCCUGGGAAAUUGUGAUGACAUUUCAAAGACAGUGUGCAAUUUCUUUUCUUAAUGCACUUCAAGCACAAAACACAUGAAAACGCAAUCAAAUACUUCCAUAAAAAAGGCACUGGGUAGAAAUAAAUUAAUGCUAUGUAUAACUAUGUAUAUAAUUUCAUAUAUAUCUUAAAUGACCACAAUUUCAUGAAUUUGAAAUAAUCCAGUCCAAAACAGAAAAAAAGUGGAUAACAGGUACAUUAGGCAGAAUUAAAUGUAACUUUCCUGAAGUAUUAAAUCACUGGGUAAGUAUAUCAAUAUACAGUAGUGAUGGCUCGAUCUCCCUAAUACUUUUAAGUGGAGCAUUCUAAGUAUUUCUUUAUAAACCUAGCCAGUCCUUUCAGAUCUGUGAACACCAUAGGGAUUUGGCCAAAUGGACCAAAAAUGGACCAGGCCCAAGAGUGUGGCUCCACUGACUAGUCCAACAAAUGAGGUGCACUGAUAGUGAAGAUCUGCUAGAGGUCACUGUAUACCUGUGUUUUUGUAUUACUAUUAUUAUCAUGUUUUGGAACGGGGCGAAUCGUCUCUGUGCAAAAUGAUUUGUUGUAACAAAAAAAGGAUGUUUUACCAAUUUGCAUCAGGAACAUGCAAUAGCAAGCCUGACAUGCAGCAAAGAAAUAGAACUAGAGCUGUGACUUAAGGAAAUGUUCAAGUCUCAGGUGUACUUGUUAAAAUAAAAAAACGUUUACAUCUGUUUUUUUUACAUUGUGAUAGUUGUUUUCAACUUUAAGCAUUUCCAUCUGUUGAUGAAGCUAAUCUAUGAAAGCUGUGGCUAUUGGUAACCGUAACAUUCUAUCAGGUAGGAAAAUAAAAACAUGUACCGUGGUUGUCUUGUUAUUAGCAGCACAGUUUCCUCUGUAGACACACUGAAAUCACCAUUGUAUUGUGGUUUGUCCCUGUUUGAAAACCAUAGCUACAUGCUGGAGAUAUUGUAGCUUUUCUGUGUCUAUUCUGUUCUGUAACAUCUGUUUCCCUUUUGAAGUGAGUGUGCACUAACACUCUGUUCAUGAUUGUAUGCACUCUAACACAAGACUAACAACUAUCCAGUGGAAGUACAUUUUCCUGACAAUAUAAUAAAUAUUUUAAGAGGCUUGCUUGCUAAUGGACAGUCUAUUUCUCAAUGGAAAUGAAGUUACUUUACAAUAACACUAUUCUACAGUGACGAAAAAGGCUGAGAUAUUUUUGUAAAUCGCAAAAGGAACUGUUUUCAGUGACACAGCCUAUUCCAGAUGUGAUACCGAUGAUGUAUUCUGUUGAAAGCUGUGACGAUGCCGUUACAUGUAUUGUGAUUUUUUAUUUAUCAUGAACUGACUUUUUAUUUUAUAACUUGCUAAGGAUUUAAGUUAUGAAAAUAAACAUGCCUUGAUAGAAGGAUUCGGGAUCAGGAAUGGUUUGCUAAAAGUUUAUGAUUAGAUUUCUAUAUACACCACCAUUCAAAAGUUUGUGGUCACUUAGAAAUGUCCUUGUUUUUGAAAGAAAAGUCAAAUAAAAUAACAUCAAAUUGAUCAGAAAUACUGUGUAGACAGUGUUGAUGUUGUAAAUGACUAUUGUAGCUGGAAACGCAGAUAUCUUUAUGGAAUAUCUACAUAGGCGUACAGAGGCCUAUUCUCAGCAACCAUCACUCCUGUGUUCCAAUGGCAUGUUGUUGGCUAAUCCAAGUUCAUCAUUUUAAAAGGCUAAUUGAUCAUUACAAAACCCUUUUGCAAUUAUGUUAGCAUAGCUGGAAAGUGUUUUGCCUAUUAAUGAAGCAAUAAAACUAAUCGAACCCACAAAUGCUGAUGCUCCAGAUACCCAACUAGUCUAAAGAAGGCCCAUUUUAUUGCUUUUUUAAUCAGGACAACCGUUUUCAGCUGUGCCAACAGGGCGGCAGGUAGCCUAGUGGUUAGAGCGUUGGACUGGUAACCGAAAGGUUGCAAGAUCAAAUCCCCAAGCUGACAAAAUAAAAAUCUGUCGUUCUGCCCCUGAACAAGGCAGUUAACCCACUGGUCCUACGCUGUCAUUGAAAAUAAGAAUUUUGUUCUUAACUGACUUGCCUAGUUAAAUAAAGGUAAAAUAAAUUAACACAAUUGCAAAAGGGUUUUCUAAUGACCAUUUAGCCUUUUAAAAUUAUGAACUUGGAUUAGCUAACACAAGUCCAAAACAGAAAAAAAGUUAACAGAACAAAGGGAGAAAUAGAUAACUAAAAUCACUGGGUAAGAAGAGCCAUCACUGCCGUUCAUUGACUAAUACUUUUAAGUGGAGCAUUAUAAGUAUUUCUUCAUAAACCUAGCCAGUUCUUUCAGAUCUGUGAACACCAUAGGGAUGGGUCCAAAUGGAAAAGACUAGGGACCAAAAAUGGACCAGGCCCAAGAGUGUGGCUCCACUGACUAGUCCAACAAAUGAGGUGCACUGAUAGUGAAGAUCUGCUAGAGGUCACUGUAUACCUGUGUUUUUGUAUUACUAUUAUUAUCAUGUUUUGGAACGGGGCGAAUCGUCUCUGUGCAAAAUGAUUUGUUGUAACAAAAAAAGGAUGUUUUACCAAUUUGCAUCAGGAACAUGCAAUAGCAAGCCUGACAUGCAGCAAAGAAAUAGAACUAGAGCAGUGACUUAAGGAAAUGUUCAAGUCUCAGGUGUACUUGUUUUGAAAAAAAAUUACAUCUGUUUUUUUUUUUGUGCAUUGUAUUAGUUUGCAACUUUAAGCAUUUUGAUUUGUUGAUGAAGCUGAUCUAUGAAAGCUGUGGCUAUUGGUAACCGUAACAUUCUAUCAGGUAGGAAAAUAAAAACAUGUACCGUCGUUGUCUUGUUAUUAGCAGCACAGUUUCCUCUGUAGACACACUGAAAUUACCAUUGUAUUGUGGUUUGUCCCUGUUUGAAAACCAUAGCUACAUGCUGGAGAUAUUGUAGCUUUUCUGUGUCUAUUCUGUUCUGUAACAUCUGUUUCCCUUUUGAAGUGAGUGUGCACUAACACUCUGUUCAUGAUUGUAUGCACUCUAACACAAGACUAACAACUAUCCAGUGGAAGUACAUUUUCCUGACAUAAUAAAUAUUUUAAGAGGCUUGCUUGCUAA